AUGGCGGCAUCUCUGUUCACAUACUCCUCAACUUCUCGAAGGGUCAUUCCUGCUCCAAACUCUCCUCCUCUUCCCAUUCACAUCAAGGCCACCAAUGUAGUCUUCAACCCCGACAUUCCAGAGGUUCAUCGAGGUCUUGGACUCGAUGAUUUCGUAAAUUUCUUGGCUUCUUGUCUCCUUCGAUAUGCAAUCAGCGAUGUACCAUCCCAGUUCUUCCCAGAACAAGUAUGCGAGUUCUACUACACUGCAACCGUUAAUGAAGAAAACAACGCCAUCACCGGAACCAUUGGCCAUGGAAGACACUCUGUCUUCAUCACCGCAGAACUUCUCAGUGCUGCUUUAAGGUUACCAAUCUUCGAACCCUUCUCUGAACCUCCAUCUAUUGAAAGAUGUAAACGCAUGUUUGAUCAACUCGGCUAUGAUCACUCAAAGGCUGGCACUCGAUCAGCUCUUAUUUUGCGUCAAUGUAUGACCCUAGGCUGGAAGUUUUUCACUGGAGCUCUGUGCAAGUGUGUGGGUCACAAGUCUCGUAGUGGUGACCAACUGAGCAAUUAUCAGCAACAAGUUGUCUGCUCCCUUCUUCUCAACAAAAGACUGGAUUAUGGGGCACUUUUCUUUGAUCAGCUUGUUCAGCUUCUACGAGCAAAUGUACGUGCUGAUCAUGUUCCCUUUCCAUGCUGA